ACACUACCUUAUCUUCUUCCCUUCACUUCCAUUCCAUUCUAUUUUGCGUUUCCCGCAGUCCAAAAAAAACCCAGCAAACCGACACGUCCAAUCCAAAUAGAAGAAAAAAAAACUCGGGCAAUUCCGCCGGGCGCCGGCCAUCCGAUCGAUCCCGUCCCAGCUGUCCUUCCUCCCCGAAGUAUCCAUCAUCCAUGAACAUGGAGCGCCUACCGCCGCCGGCAGGAUCGCGCCACGGUCACCACCGCUACACGCGGAUGCCGCGGCAGGCGGACCUCGAGGGCGAAGCGGCGCCUGCUGACCAGGAGCGGGAACCCGAGCGGCGGCCGGAGGUCCUGGCGGCCUCAGCGUCGGCAUCGCUCCGAGUGCCCGACGCCGCGCGGGUGUUCGACGAGCUGCCCAGGGCGUCCAUCGUAGCCGUAUCGCGCCCCGACGCCGGGGACAUCACGCCCAUGCUGCUCUCCUAUACCAUCGAGGUUCAUUACAAGCAGUUUAGAUGGCGUCUAUAUAAGAAAGCUUCACAGGUUCUCUAUCUUCACUUUGCAUUGAAGAGGCGUGAAUUUCUUGAAGAAUUCCAUGAAAAGCAGGAGCAGGUCAAAGAAUGGCUCCAAAAUUUGGGAAUUGGGGAGCAUAUGCCAGUAGUACAUGAUGAGGAUGAAGCGGAUGAUGUAAAUGUUCCACCACAGUCUGAUGAUAACUCAAUUAGAAAUAGAAACGUUCCUUCAAGUGCUGUUUUACCUGUCAUUCGACCGGCUCUUGGACGUCAAAACUCUAUUUCUGAUCGAGCAAAAGUUGCAAUGCAAGAAUAUCUAAACCAUUUCUUAGGGAACUUGGAUAUCGUCAAUUCACGGGAGGUUUGCAAAUUUUUGGAGGUGUCAUGUUUGUCAUUUUUACCUGAGUAUGGUCCCAAGUUAAAAGAAGACAAUGUUUCAGUUGGACAUUUACCAAAGAUUCAAAAGGACCGGAAAAAACGAUGCUGUUCAUGUGGAUUGUUUAACUGUUGCAAGAGCAAUUGGCAAAAGACCUGGGCUGUCCUGAAGCCAGGAUUCUUGGCUUUGCUUGAAGACCCUUUUGAUCCAAAGCUUUUAGACGUCAUUAUUUUUGAUGCAUUGCCACAUAUGGAUAUAACUGGAGAAGGCCAAGUUUCUUUAGCAAAAGAGAUUAAAGAACGUAAUCCACUGCAUUUUGGAUUCCAGGUUUCUUCUGGUGGCCGGACAAUAAAGCUACGCGCAACAAGCUCUUCUAGGGUUAAGGACUGGGUUACUGCAAUAAAUGCUGCUCGACAACCUCCAGAAGGCUGGUGCUAUCCUCAUCGUUUUGGCUCAUUUGCACCACCGAGGGGUUUGUUGGAAGAUGGGAGUAUGGUACAAUGGUUUGUAGAUGGGCAAGCUGCAUUCAAAGCUAUUGCAUCCUCCAUUGAGGAAGCCAAAUCGGAGAUAUUUAUUACUGGCUGGUGGCUCUGCCCAGAGUUGUAUCUUCGACGCCCAUUCCAACAUCAUGGAUCAUCUAGACUUGAUGCUCUACUGGAAGCAAGAGCUAAGCAGGGUGUACAGAUUUACAUUCUCUUGUACAAGGAAGUUGCUCUUGCUUUGAAAAUUAACAGCUUAUACAGUAAACAGAGGCUACUUAACAUUCAUGAAAAUGUUAAAGUUCUGCGUUACCCUGAUCACUUCUCAAGUGGUGUAUACUUGUGGUCACACCAUGAGAAGAUUGUGAUUGUUGAUAAUCAAGUAUGUUAUAUUGGAGGUCUUGAUCUGUGCUUUGGUCGCUACGAUAGUCCUGAGCACAAAGUCGCUGAUUCUCCUCCAGAGAUGUGGCCAGGAAAGGACUACUACAAUCCCAGGGAAUCUGAACCCAAUUCCUGGGAGGACACCAUGAAAGAUGAGCUGGACCGUGAUAAAUAUCCCCGCAUGCCUUGGCAUGAUGUUCAGUGUGCUCUCUAUGGCCCACCUUGCCGUGAUGUAGCGAGGCAUUUUGUUCAGCGCUGGAAUUAUGCAAAGAGGAACAAAGCUCUAAAUGAGCAAGCAAUUCCCUUACUGAUGCCUCAUUACCACAUGGUAAUUCCACACUACAAGGGUAGAAGCAAAGAAACAAAUGAUGAGGCUGAGGGUAAACAAUACAAUGAUAAGGAUGUUGAUAUUGGAAAGCCAGUCUUGACAUCACGCACAUCAUGUCAGGAUGUUCCAUUGCUCUUACCUCAAGAGCUUGAACCUCGUGAAUUAUCCAGUUCAGAUUUAAGGGUGAAUGAUUUAGAUAUUAACCAUUCAGAUCGUUUAAACAAGAAGAACUUUAAUCAGCCUUUGCUCAACCGAAAGGCAAAACUGGAUUCUUCUCAUCAGGAUUUACCUAUGAGAAGUUUUGUAGACAAUCUCAGUUCCCUUGAGCCAUCAUCUGUUAGACGUUUUGAUUCGUCAAAAGAUGAUAGGAAUCACAUUGACAAAAAAUGGUGGGAAAUGCAGGAGCGAGGCAACCAAGUUGCUUCAUUACUUGAUAUUGGACAAGUUGGUCCAAGGGUAACAUGUCGUUGUCAGGUUGUUAGGAGUGUCGGUCAAUGGUCAGCUGGGACCACUCAAAUUGAAGGAAGCAUCCACAAUGCCUACUUUUCUCUGAUUGAGAAGGCAGAACACUUCGUAUACAUUGAGAAUCAAUUUUUCAUAUCGGGUCUGUCAGGAGAUGAUACGAUUAAAAACCGCGUACUGGAAGCAUUGUAUCGGCGCAUACUUAGAGCUGAAAGAGAGAAAAAGCGCUUUAAGGCCAUCAUCAUCAUACCUCUUUUACCUGGUUUUCAGGGAGGCAUUGAUGAUGGUGGAGCAGCAUCAGUCAGGGCAAUCAUGCAUUGGCAAUAUCGGACUAUCUGCAGAGGUUCUAAUUCGAUUCUUCAGAAUCUAUUUGAUGUUAUUGGACCUAAAGCACAUGAUUACAUCUCCUUUUAUGGGCUUAGAGCACAUGGUAAACUCCAUGAUGGGGGUCCCUUGGUUACUAGUCAGAUUUAUGUACAUAGCAAGUUAAUGAUAGUUGAUGACCGCAUCACAUUGAUUGGCUCAGCUAAUAUUAAUGAUAGAAGCUUGCUUGGAUCAAGAGACUCCGAGAUUGCUGUGGUCAUCGAAGAUAAAGAGGUUGUUAAUUCAAAAAUGGAUGGAAGACCUUGGGAAGCUGGGAAGUCCUCUUUAAGCCUACGCCUCUCGCUGUGGGUGGAACACCUUGGCCUUCAUCCAGGAGAGGUUAGCCAUAUCAUGGAUCCUAUAGAUGAUUCAACAUUCAAAAAUAUCUGGAUGGCCACUGCCAAGACAAAUACCAUGAUAUACCAAGAUGUCUUCGGGUGUGUACCCAACGAUCUCAUUCACUCAAGGGUUCAAUUUCGGCAAAGCUUUGCUCACUUGAGGGACAAAAUUGGCCACACUACAAUUGAUUUGGGUGUUGCCCAAGAGAAGCUAGAAGCUUACCAAGAGGGUGAUCUCAAAAGUAUCAACCCUAUGGACAGACUACAGUUAGUCAGGGGCCACCUUGUUUCGUUUCCGUUGGAUUUCAUGUGCCAAGAGGACUUGAGACCAUAUUUCAGUGAAAGUGAGUACUACACAUCACCACAGGUUUUCCAUUAGCCUCUCUGUCUGCCUCGUAAAGUUACUCAACCGGCUGUACAUGUUGCAAAGAUCACCUUGUAGAUGCUCUACACAUGUUGUCAAAUAGGAAACAAAAAAAAAUUAAUAUAUUAUCAUACCAUUAGAGUAUUAGAAUUGUUUCCUAGAAAGAAAAUAGUAUAUCAGUAUAGUUCAUUCGUUCCAACAACUUUUAGUUUCGGGAAAGAAACAAUCAAAUUCAUUGUUUAUAAGUGCAAAUAAUAGGAGUUUCCUUAGUUCAACACAUUUUCUUUGGAAUGAAUAUACACCUCCCAUAGCAGUUCAUUUUCUUCCUAUCCUAUUGUGUACCUGCUACACUAUCCAGAAAUAUAAGGGCUAGUUUGGAAA